GCCUGUGAGAUCACCUUUGACGACACCAAGGUGCCAAUUGAGAAUGUCAUUGGUGAAGUUGGUGGUGGUUUUAAGGUCGCCAUGAACAUUCUGAAUAAUGGGCGCUUCAGCAUGGGCAGUGCAGGUGCAGGGCUGAUCAAGAGGCUGAUCGAGUUGACAUCAGAAUAUGCAUGCACAAGAAAACAAUUCAGCAGGAGCCUUUCUGAGUUUGGAAUGAUUCAGGAUAAGUUUGCUACCAUGACCCUGAAUGCGUUUGUGAUGGAGAGCAUGGCUUAUCUCACUGCUGGAAUGAUGGACCGACCUGGAGUCCCAGACUGUUCUCUGGAGGCUGCUAUGGUCAAGGUCUUCAGCUCUGAGGGCAGCUGGAUCUGUGUGAGUGAAGCCCUGCAGGUUUUAGGAGGGCUGGGCUUCACCAAGAACUACCCCUACGAGCGCUAUCUCAGGGAUUGCCGCAUCCUCCAGAUAUUUGAGGUACAGAGGAACAUGAUUACAUUUUUUUAG